UGCUACCUAGCCAUCACUGAUUCACCACCACCUCCACAACAAAAGAAUAGGUUUCCAUGCUUCAAGCUCCAAAAGUUUUUUAGUAUAUGUCUCAGCAUUUACCCGUUAGUCUCUAUUGUAUCACCGCCACCAGAAAAAGGGUUCUUUACCUAUACAAAGCCCCAUAGCCAUAGAAUAUAUACCAAGUCUGAGGACUCAGUCACAUCCAUAGGAGAAAUCAGGAGAUGGGUUCUCAACAUGAGCAUAUAGUGAUGCUCCCUUUCAUGGCCCAAGGCCAUAUCAUACCUUUCCUAGCUCUAUCUAAGCAAAUUCAGCAAAGAACUGGCUUCACCAUCACCAUUGCCAACACCCCUCUCAAUGUCCAACACCUCAGAACCACCCUCUCCACAACAUCAAAUGACUCAUCCCAACCGAGUAUCCGCCUCGCCGAACUUCCAUUCUGCGGCUCUGAUCAUGGCCUCCCGCCCCACACUGAGAACACUGAAUCCUUGUCUCUUCAACAGUUUGUGACCUUUUUCCACGCCUCCAAUUCUCUCCAAGCUCCUUUUCACAGCCUUGUUUCUGGGAUCAUUGAGAAAGAAGGCAGGCCUCCUCUUUGCAUAAUAUCUGAUGUGUUCUUUGGAUGGGCCACGGAAGUUGCCAAGAGUUUAGGCACUGCCAAUGUCACAUUCACCACCGGUGGCGCCUAUGGCACUGCAGCCUACAUGUCUUUGUGGCAGAACCUCCCACAUCGCGCCACAGAAUCUGAUUACUUUGCGGUGCCAGGGUUUCCUGAUUCCUGCCGCUUCCACAUCACUCAGCUUCAUCAGUACCUGAGAGUGGCUGACGGAACCGAUGUUUGGUCUAGGUAUUUCCAGCCUAUGCUAGCAAAUUCUUUAAAGUCUUCAGGGUGGUUGUGUAACACAGCUGAGGAGAUUGAGCCUCAAGGCCUGGAGAUAUUUAGAAACUAUGUAAAGCUUCCUGUGUGGACCAUAGGACCUCUUCUCCCUCCAGCUCUGCUCAAUCAUUCACCUUCCUCGGGUAGCAUCUUCGGGCAACGAGCCUGGAAAGUGCCUGGAGUGUCUCCUGAGAAAUGCCUGGAAUGGCUGGACAAACAUCCACAAAGUUCAGUUCUUUACAUCUCCUUCGGUUCACAGAACACUAUUAGUCCGUCUCAGAUGAUGGAGCUAGCCAUGGGCUUGGAGGACAGCGGGAAACCCUUCAUCUGGGUGAUUAGGCCUCCAGUUGGUUUCGACAUAAAAGGUGAGUUUCGAGCAGAAUGGUUACCAGAAAAGUUCGAACAGCGAAUGGCUGAUAGAAACCAAGGCCUGAUUGUCCACAACUGGGCACCCCAAUUGGAGAUCCUAUCACACAAAUCAACUGGGGUCUUCCUCAGCCACUGCGGAUGGAACUCAGUGAUGGAAAGCCUCUGUGUGGGAGUUCCAAUAAUAGCGUGGCCGUUGGCUGCAGAGCAAUGCUAUAACUCCAAAAUGCUGGUGGAGGACAUGGGAGUGGCUGUGGAGUUGACAAGAGGACUGCAGGGUGCAGUGGUGAGGAAGGAGGUGAAGAGAGUAAUAGAGUUGGUUAUGGACAGUAAAGGGAAAGCAGAGGAGAUGAAGAAGAAAGCAGCAGAGAUUGGAGAGAAGAUAAGAGAUGCAAUGAGAGAGGAAGGGUCUUCUCUGAAAGCAAUGGAUGAUUUUGUCUCCACAAUGCUUUCCAAGAGACAAGGCUACUGAGGAUCUUCUUGGUUGAAUAACUAUGAAUAAACUUACUUAUUUUAGAAUAAGAGAAACAGAGUUUCUUUCUUUCUUUCUUUUUGGCUAAAAUAUUCCAUAGAAAGAUGGUCAUCUUUCAUUUUACAAA